GCUGCUAGUCGCUGCUCUUCGUCUGCUCUUUGGCUUUGGCCCAAACUGACUUUACUGCCCGAUAAUUGGUUUUUUUCCGAGUUCUCUUUUUGUUUUGAUUCGUCGCCGCUGAAAUCGAAAUCUGAAUAGAGCUGGGAUGUGGAAGUAAGAUAUGCAUGCUGGCUCGGAGAUUGAACCAAUUUAUUUUAAUUUCACACUUGAACGGGCAACGUUGUGUCAGCGGCUACCCAAUUUCCGAUUUGAUCUUUCGAAAUGCGGCACCUAGAGCGCGUCACCCUGUUGUUCUGCAUCCUGUGGCUAAGCGGGGAUCGUGGAGCCACCGCCUGCCACUGCAUCCGCCUGGGGAAGUGUGCCCCUUUUGCCCGUCUGCUGCUGCAUCAUGGACCUGGGGAGCAGUCCGCCGUGUUUGCCAAGGUGCACAAUGCAGGCUGUGGCUUCCAAGGCCUCGAGCCGCUCGUCUGCUGUCCCACUUCUCGCAAGCAGCGCCACGAUGAGUCAUCCGCGGCCAAGGCAAGUCGCAAGAUGCGUUUUGCGCCGCCGGAUGAUCGUUGGAUUUGGGAUGAUGGGGGCGAUGCCAAGGGCACUCCCUUGCACAGACACUCCCACUCCCAAUCGGAGUUUCUGUUAGCGGAGACGAAUCUGCACGACUACUGGAACUUUGAGGAGCAACGAAACUGUCCGCAGCCCUUGGAGCCGGAAUUCUUCGACCGACGCUUCGGGGCCGGGCACCACUUUCACUAUCAAGUAGAGCACGGAGAACAGGAGACUACUUCACCACGACCCCCUCCAAAGGAUAAGCCCAUUAUUUUUCCCGGGGAUCUGCGGUUCCUGCGGCAGGGAGAGGAGGAUUUCAGCUCCAACUUAGAGGUAGACCUCCCACCCCUGGCACCGUUUACGACAACUCCACCUACUCCAAUUGAAAGAAAUCCUGCUCGUCUGUCUACGUCCACCACAUCAAUUCCUCUUUUAGUCCAAGGUAGCCCCCGAGGCUGCGGAAUAAGUGUGGAGAGUCGUCUGCUGGGAGGAGAACAGGCUACUGCAGGACAGUACCCCUGGCUGGCCAGGAUCGCCUACCGCAACCGAAGCAGCAGCCGCAUUAGCUUCCGUUGCUCCGGAUCUCUCAUAUCUAUCAACCACAUUUUAACUGCGCCCAGAUAUGCCAACGACAUAGCCCUUCUAAGAAUCAACAGCACCGAUGGUGCCUUUACCCCCAUAUGCUUACCCUUGAACGGGUCGACUGCUCUUGGGAGCAGCCUGAUAGGACAAACGGGCGUUGCUGCCGGUUGGAGUACAGGGAAUCCGGAAAAUAAUGGCACGAUAAGCUCAUCAAACUCCUCCAGCGGCGUGCGCUUCAUCCGUUUGCCCAUAGUGAACACCACCAGCUGCGCCAUCGCUUAUGCCAGUCUCAGCGAGAACUUCCAGCAGCCCAUUGUCAUCACCCCGAGUCACCUGUGCGCCCAGGGAAUGCCCAUGAACGAUGUGUGCCGCGGCGAUAGUGGUGGCCCCUUUAUGGACGAUGGAACCUCCGGUCUGUUGGGUACUAAUGGACGCUACACGCUCAUCGGAAUCGUCGCCUUUGGACCCACGCUGUGCGGCGUGACCACCAUUCCGGGGGUCUACACCUUGGUGAGCAGCUUCUCCGAUUGGAUCCUGCGCAGCAUCAACGGAGGAACGGACCAGUGAGCGGGUGUGUCGGAAACCUAGCCCAAGCUUAGCUCAUCCAAAGCUUUCAAUGCCAAAGUCUUCAGAGUACAUUAAAUUAAAAACCAUGAAUCACUUUUUUUGUGGAUCAAUGAACAGUUCUGUCUAUUCAAAUCACCGCAGCGCCAAUAAAAUGAACAUUUAUAAUACUCGGA